CUCUGUUCGGACAAGUGUAAUGCUUACGCCCGCAAGCUUUAUAUAGCCCAUCCAAUCUGGUGGUACGGGGAUCUCCCGCGCUUCUUCGUCCUCGGCUUUAGGCCCCGCAAAACAGUGCGCGACCCUCGCUUCUCAGUUCUUAAAGCUCUCGGACCCUUUGGGACGAUGCCCUCUUGAGAGUCGAUCUUGAAGAAGGGAAGGUCGCAGAGAAACCGAAGCUCAUCAAGGGAUUUGUUUCUUUUUCUUUUUUUUGUUCCUUCUGUUCUUGUGAGAAUUGUCAGAAUUUUCGGCGAAAUGGCUGAGCGAUGGGAUGGGAAGCAAAGAUACAGCACCAGCAACUCCGGCAGUCCUCGAACUCCGACCACCCCGACGAUCGAGCAGCUUCUUUACGACGGGCUGGGCGAAAAUUCCAGGUGGUCCUCGAGCUCCCCCACGUUCAUGAGGGGCCACGACCUGGAAGACGACCACAUCCACCAGUACCCCAACAACAAGAAAUCUGUUCUUGCCAAAGUGAAAGAGAGGGCUAGAAGAUGGCGCCUCGGCCUCGGCAAGAAAAGGAAUGCCGAUGACGGUAACACCACGCCGUCGUGGGGGGUCAGCUUGGAUGAAGAUGAUGCAGAAGAAGACGCCGAAUACCUCGGAGCCCCAAUGUAUGAGUCGGAGCUGGCACCUGAAGACUGCAAGGAGAACGCGAGGCAGCAUCCAAGAGCGAAUCCGGUCAUAUCAGAGAAGCAUAUUUUGCCAAACAGCAUCCAUCAUGAAACCGAACCCGAUAAAGGGAACCCUCUAAGUCCUAACAAGACAAUGACCGAAACCGUGACGGAGAAACAGGCACCGGCAUAUGCCAUGGUCUCUGAUGCAACUCAGGCUAUCACUUCCAAAACCCAAAACGCACCGGCUUAUGCAACUGAUGCAAUUUACGCUAUCGCUUCAAAGAUUCAGAAUGCGCCGGCUUAUGCGACAGAUGCAACUCAUGCUGUUGCUUCAAAGAUCCAGAACCUUACGGUCUGUUCUCCGGCAGCAGGUUCUGCAGCUGGCGGGCCUGCUAAAAUUGCUGUUAGGGGGCACGAGCAGGAUACUCCUGCAGAGCAGAAGUGGGAUGAGGGAGUGUCGGCUAAAACUGCUGUUGGGGGGCACGAGCGGGAUAUUCCUGCCGAGCAGAAGUGGGAUAACGGAGUGUCGGCUAAAACAGCUGUUAGGGGGCACGAGCGGGAUACCCCUGCCGAGCAGAAGUGGGAUAAGGGAGUGUCGGUGACGGGAUAUAUAAUGCAAAAGUUUGAACCAGGGGAAGAUGACAGGGCACUGUCUCAAGUGAUAUCGGAGGCCAUAAGUCCUCGGAAAGGUCCUGGCGAUGCAGGUGUGGUUGAGAAGGUCAGGGAGGCUGUCAGUAAUUUGCUUCGAAACCAAGAGGCAUCAUCCAGUACUGCUUUUCAUUCUGCUAAAAACUCUUCUACGCAUAUCGCGGCAUCAACCAAUGCUCACGAAGCCAUGGAAGAAGAGAAUUAUGGACGAGUACUCCAAACCAACUGAAAGACUGUUAGUGGAAUGGACAUCCCCUGCGCUGUCGAUAAUAGAAUUUCAUUUUUUUUCUUGAUUUGUCGUGUAUAUUGUGGAUUAACAGAUGUUAAUUAUGUUGUAUCGGUGCAGCAUUCAUUCUCUGCAGCCUAAUAUGUAGUAUAUACAAGCAAUAAAAAGGAUUCUUUUACUGUAAA